ACAUGGUCGCAUAACCGCGAUCCGGAAUUCUUCUGGCCGCUGAAAUUCCUCCCUCUCGAACCAGAAAUCAACGAGGCCCGCAUCUUGACAUUCGGUUACAAUGCCAAUUUCCGGCCCGGAAGUGCGAGGGGCAAGAGUAAGAUGUCGGUCUUGGACUUCGCCAAAGAUCUCCUAUAUGACCUGAAGUAUGCCCAAGAUGAGUCUGCAGCGGAACUGGAAGACCUUGGAAUGGGAGAGGCAAGGAUACCCCAACACCUUCAUUCCAUGGGUGGGCUUAUCGUAAAAGAGGCCUACAUGCAAGGACGAUACGACCCGACCUACCAGCAUGUUAUACAAGCAGUCUCGUCUAUUAUCUUCCUCUCAACCCCCCAUCGCGGAACCAACCUGGCCGAAACACUAAAUCGCAUCCUGCAAGUUUCAUUCAUCACAAGUUCGAUGCAGUUCGUUGCUGAGCUAGCAGCCGGUUCACAGACACUGCAAAAGCUCAAUGAGCAGUUCAGGCAUGUGGCUCCAAAACUGCAGAUUGUCUCUUUCUAUGAGACCAGGCCAACACCAAUGUUCAAAAAGUCUCAAAUAAUGGUCUUGGAAAAGGACUCGUCAGUCUUGGGGUAUCCUGGAGAGGUAUCCAAGGCUCUUGAUGCAGACCAUCACACCAUCUGCAAGUAUCCAAGUCGGGAUGAUCCACGGUAUAUCACUGUGAGGAAUGUUCUCAAGACUCUUAUUGGGAAAACAGUCUCUAAAGACCAGGUGCAAUCAAAACCCCCAAUCACGGAUUUUCAGGGGUACCUUUCAGUCUCCGAGCCCCCUAGUGGAGACUACACUUUCUUCAGGGAUCGCUGGACUCCCGGCACCUGCGGCUGGAUCACUAACCACGAAGCCUUUACGGCAUGGCUUGGCGAUACAUGUCCCAACCCUCGAGUUUUAUGGGUCAGCGGCAAUGCAGCCAGCGGCAAAUCGAUCCUCUCCUCUUUCGUCAUCAAUCACCUAGUGCAGCUAGGCUUGCCUUGCCACUACUUUUUCAUACGAUUCACGUCCCAGGAGAAGCGAGGGUUGGGUAUGAUGCUACGAUCCUUAGCGUGUCAGCUUGCAAACUCGACGCCUGCCUACGCGGAGAGGCUUCGUCAGCUCGAGAUUGCUGCCACGGAUCUCAGGACUGCAGACUACCGGAAUAUCUGGGAGUGGCUAUUCAAGCAGACUCUCUUUCAGCUUGACGACCUUGACUAUCCGAUCUAUUGGGUUAUUGACGGUGUCGACGAAGCAGAGCGGCCAGGGUCCGUAAUAAAACUUCUGUCGGAGUUGAAUCAAACGGCCAUUCCUCUCCGAAUCAUGGUCGUGAGUCGGAAAACCCACGAAAUAUCCUCGGCCUUCCAGAAGUUGGCCAAAUCUGUGCAUAUGGAGACGGUUUUUGUGGAAGGGAAUCUCCUCGACUUCCAAUCCUACAUUGAUCAUGAGAUGGAUCUCGCUGGCGAUGCCUCUUACCGGGAAGCAAUCACUGCGCAGCUUCUAGACCGGGCAAAGGGCAACUUUCUUUGGAUCCAUCUGGCCAUACAGAAGAUUAACACUUGCCACACUAAGCCAGCCGUUGAGGAGGCUUUGAAAAUACUUCCAUCGGGGAUGGAGGCUCUAUACCACCGGAUGGCCCUGUCUGUUCAGUCUCAACCAAGCGCCAGCGAUCGGAUACUUGGCCAAAACAUCCUAGGCUGGGCAACCUGUGCUCGGCGGUUGUUGAGAGUCGAGGAGCUUGGUGAUGCUCUUGAAAAUGACGGUGUCCUUGAGAUGCAUAGAACGAUUGCUGACCUGUGCGGUGGCUUUGUUACGGUGGACCAUGAAGGCAAGGUGGCUAUGAUCCACGAAACUGCCCGAGAGUACUUGACGCGCGGAACCGGAAAGGAUCGACCUCUAGUCGUCGACAGCAAGUCUACCAACGACAUGUUGUUCAAGCGGUGCGUAGCACGGCUGACUGAUCCAACACUGAGGAGUCAAAUCAACCGGCGUCGGCCUCAGGCUCUCCUUGAAUAUGCCACGAGCUCUUGGUCCCACCACCUUAUCCAAGGUUCGGUCAGCACCAGGCCAGAUAUCUUGGACAUUUUGGUGAAUUUCCUCCAAGGGCCCCACAUAUUGACGUGGAUCCACGUUGCUGCCAAAGGCAACCAGCUGAGAACUUUGGUUGUUGCUUCCCGCCAUCUGGCUGACGUUGCAGUCAAGUUGCGGAGGCGGGACGAUGACGAGCCAGUCUCGAAACGCCAAGCAACUGCUGUGAUCGAGGGUUGGGCCACCGACCUUGUCAAGAUCGUUGGAAAGUUUGGCAAUAACUUGAAGCAACACCCGGAUGCCAUCUACAAAAUGAUUCCCCCCUUCUGUCCCGAGGACUCUAUGGUCUAUCAGCAGUUCGGCCGAAGAGAGCGAGCGCUUCAGGUAUCCGGGUUCACUACCAGCAACUGGGACGACUGCCUUGCACGUUUCUCCAUGGCCCAAGGUCUCUUUGCGUCUUCAGUGAUUGCUGCCGGUACCCGCAUCGCAAUUCUUGCGGUUUUUCGAAAGACGAGCCACGUCAUCAUCUACAACUCAGCUACCUUUGAGGAACAACGCCGCAUCACACAUCCUGAGCGUGUCUUGAGCAUUCAGACCAACAAACUCAGCGACCUUCUUGUGACCUAUGGCUACUUGACCACAAGAGUGUGGGAUAUAGCGACGGGGAGGUGUAUCAAGACGGUCAAAAAUCCGGCAAAACGCCCUCGCCCCCACGCCAUACUCUUCACUGAGAAGAAUGACACUGUGAUUGCUUGCGGCGAGGAUAGAUGCCUCAGGAGCUUUUCCCUUGAUGAUGAUUCUGCUGAGGAAUGGAGCCUUGUUUGUCAGAUCGAGGAGCAAAGCCUGGAUGAAACCAUGGUCAACUUCCCCAUUUGCUCCGAGUUGAGUCCAGACGGCAACAUGAUUGCCUUCGGCUACCGUAGCCAUCCGCUCACAGUCUGGGAAUUGGAUCCCCCGAUGCUACUCGGCCAGUGCACCAUGCCGCUGGACGCAACAGACAUGACGACCGAAUGCAACACUUUCGGUGAAGUGUUUAGGCUUGGAUGGCAUCCGUUUAGCGGCGAGGUUUUUGGCCUGACUCAAGUCGGGUUACUCUUCAAAUGGGACCCAUACGAGGAAGAGGCCAGCAUCAAAGUCCAGGCAGGUGCAGACUGCCUGGCCGUUAGCUGGGAUGGUUCUUUUGUUGCCACCGGCGACGCGGUUGGCACGAUAAAAAUCUACGCCACUCCCGACUUCUCGGUGCUCUACCAGCUUGCAUCCCAAGACCCUGUCUUCAAUCUCUCCUUCAGCACCGACUCUAGGCGGCUCUAUGACAUUCGGGGGUCUUACGGCAACGUAUGGGAGCCCAACACUUUGGUCCGCCUCGCAGAUUGCCCAGACCACAGCAGCGAUUCCCACAGUGAGACAGAGAGUCUUGCCAAAAUUUCCCUGCGCGCGGAGCACCAUUUCCCCAGGGUCGACAGUGUCAUCGCUCUCGCUGGCCAGACUGUCGGUCCGCUUUACUGUUACGGCACCGAAGGGGGGGUUGCCAUACUGUGCGAAUCAGGACGUGGCAAAGUCUGCGAGCUGGAGAGGUUGGCAUCCUAUAUGCCCAUCGAGCAUGUUGCCUGGAGCGAUGAUGGCCGCACUGUCGCUCUCGCAGAUCUCGGCGGAAAUCUUGCCAUCAAGCGAGUGUCCAGGUCCCGAGACAACCGAGACGAAUGGAAGGUGCUCCAUGAGUUUGACCUUGUCAUUCCGACGGAACGGGGCUAUAUUCGCCAAGUCAUCUUCCACCCCGCAGGCCACAAGCUCUUCUUGCCCACCCCUUCCGUGCUGUUCUCCAUCGAUCUCGAAUCCCGGGCCUUGAGCGAGUCCCCGCUUGAGUCAACCAUGCCGCCCAAAGUAAAAUGGAUAUGCCAUCCGAUGCAACCGGAUACUCUCCUGGCAUUCGGCAACAUGAAGGUGCACAUCUUUAGCUGGACAGAUCUUAGACAGUCUGAAGUGCAUACUUACUUUCCGCCUCGGAUUGGAAGGCCAUCACUGGCAUCCGACUCAUCAUUUCCGCAUGGGCGCACGGGCAGCUUCCAAAAGGAGAGUGAGACGCUAGGGAGGGUGGUCUCUGGUAUUGGCUCUCCCCAGGUCUUGCUAGAACUCCUACUGUCGAACGACUCGGGUGAUAUCGAGAGCCAGUACCUCCUCUUCGACAUUGGCGACCUGCAAUUGGGCGAAAACGGGGAGAUGGCCCACGGCGAGAACACUCUCCCCUAUACCCUCUUACCACAGGACAUCGCCGCACGGAUACGUGAGCCACUCGCAUUCCUGUCACGCAGGAGGCUGGUAUUUCUCGAUGUGGACCGCUGGAUUUGCACUUGGCGCUUGGACAGCUCUUCCAAGUUGCGGCCUGAAGGAAGGACAGGCUCGGAGGUUGGGGGGAUCGAACAGUACUACUUUCUUCCCGGGGAUUGGGUCACCAGUAAUGACACGCGUCUCUGCACAGUCACGCCUGAUGGGACGCUGCUUUGCCCAAGGAAUGGGGAUGUGGUUCUGAGAGAUACCUAUUUAGCUAGCAAAAAUCCAAUGGCAACAGCACCACUCACUUCCACCAAGUCACCCCCAACGAUGGCUGCCGAACCCGAAAAUCCCAGUCCCCAAAAUCCCGACGCCUCGCAAUCAGAGCCAUACUCCGAAUUUUCCCCCGCAACGCGUACCUACCUGACCUAUCUCCUCGGAAUCAUCAUGACCCUCUCCACCCUCACGGCAACAAUCUACUUCCCCCUCCUCCCGCUGCUCAGCACCCAAUUCCGCGUCUCGGCCCAGGCCAUCAACCUAAGCGUAACAGUCUACGCCGUCGCGCAGGCCGCCUCCCCGGCCCUCUUCGCCUCGCUCGCCGACUCCCUCGGCCGCCGGCCCGUCCUCCUCGCCCUGGUCGCCCUCUACGCCGCCGCGAGCCUGGGCCUCGCCCUCAACCGCGCCGACAGCUACGCCGCGCUGCUGGCCCUGCGCGCCCUGCAGAGCAUCGGUGGGUCGCCGCUGCCGGCGCUGGCGUACGGGCUCGUCGCGGACCUGGCUGUCCCGGCCGAGAGGGGCCGCAUGCUGGGUCCCAUGCUGUCGACGUGCAAUGCCGUGUCGGCCGUGGGGCCGGUGGUUGGCGGGGCGGUGGCGCUGGGGACGGAGGGCGUGGAGUGGGUGUUUCUGACGCUGCUGGUUAUUUCAGUUGGGUGUUUGGGGUUGGCGGGGUUUACGCUUCCCGAGACGGCGCGGUGUGUGGUUGGAAAUGGCAGUAGGCCUGCUGUUGGGGUGUGGAGGACUUGGUGGUCGUUGCUCCCGGGAAAGACGAGGCCGGCCAGGGAGAAGUAUUCCUCCGAGGUUGGGGAGAGGCAGAGGUGGCGGCCUGCAAGCGCAUUUGGGUCCUUCCGAAACAUCCUGUACAAGGAUGCCGCCUCUGUGCUGUGGAUGGUGGCCUCGUCGUAUUCGGUUUAUUACACCUUCCAGGUUGCGAUUCCGUCCAUCUUCGCGCAUGUCUACGAGUAUAACGAGCUUGAGAUUGGAUUGGUCUUCCUGCCGGGACUGGCUGGUAUGACCAUUGGAGGAAUCAUUGCUGGGAAGUUUGUGGACAUGAACUACGCCAUCACUGCGAAAAAGUCCGGUCUCGAGGCCGGGGAGAAGUACGACGGGCUUGGAGACUUCCCCAUCGAAGCUGCUCGGUACCGGCAUUGUCUCAUCUUCAUUGUCCUCAUGUCAGUCUUGGUCGCUGGCUAUGGCUGGGGGGUCUACUUCCGAGUCCACCCCUCGGUUCCCAUCGUCCUGCAGUUUCUCAUAUGCGGCCUGUCAACGUUGCUUAGCCACACAGCCAGUGCUCUGCUGGUUGACAUUUUCCCAGACAAGUCGAGCUCUGCGUAUGCUUCUGGGCAGAUCAUGAGAUGUGGGCUUAGCGCUGCUUCAGCGGCUGUUCUGCAGCCCCUGAUCGAUGCGGUUGGGCGCGGUUGGUACUUUACAAUCUUCGCUCUUUUUGUUGGGGUGACUGGGUCUCUUUCUGUUAUUAUCAGUAGGUGGAAGGGGAUGAAAUGGCGGCAAAGGAGGUGUGCCCAUCACAGUAUCGACAGGCCAAACGACCCUCCGUUGGUAGCAUCAGAAGUAUCCAGGCCAGUCACGCGGUCGUCGGCAGUCUAA